CCUGGAUGUGCCAAGUUUUGCUUGAGAGCGUUCUGUUAGGCAGCAUUCCAUCCACUUGUCCCUCUCCAUGAACACAGCAUCAUGACCCUCUUCACUUUCUUCGGAUGUGCCCUCACAGCCUAUGGGCCCAGCCUGGCCAUAUUUUUCGGAUGUAUUGCGUCCAAUGCUCAGCUUGUCAUCCUCAUGGUCUCAAGCGCCUUUUUCUGGCUCCUGUCAUUACUUUUAGCCUCCGCAAUAUGGUUCAUCGCUAAGGACAGCCAACAUACAUACACGUCCACCAUCAUCUAUACGGUUCUCCUUCAGGAACUCUUUCGAUGGUUUCUAUACAUGCUCAUCAACCGUGCUGAGCAAGGAUUAAACAUGGUCGCUAAGCACCCUAAAUCAAAGUUCAAUCGACCUGGAUACGCAUUUUCUGCAGGAAUGGGCUUCGGACUGAUGUUCGGCAUCAUCUCGUACAUCACUCAGCUUGUGCAGUCCUUAGGACCGGGCGUCCUCAUGUGCGCAUCGUGCCCAAGCAUAUCUCUUUAUUUUAUUUCAGCCAUCACCACUUGCAUAUUCAUCCUGCAUCACUGCGUAUGGAUGAUGGUCUCGUUCACUGGAUUCACUCAACGGUCAUACCUACGUAUUCUCUGGGUCUUGGUCUCUCAUUAUGGCGCCUCAUAUCUCACGCUCCUGAACGCCAGCACAACCGUCAGAUUUGGAUGCGCAUACGCGAUCAUGGGCAACGUCGCUUUGCUGAUCGCCUCCACGAUCAUUGUCGCUGCUGAUCUACGGAACUUGCAUCAAAAGCUUUCCUAAGCGUAGCGCUGUCGACUUGUUCAAUAAAUCCAUCUCAAAUGCCUGCCAGUUUGAUUCUA